CCAUUCCAUAUUCGUUUCCAUGUUGUUCACCUCAGUGACAUACAGGCACUACGGCCCUUCCAGAGACUGAAAGUGGAAUUUCACUGCCGCAGGAACCAAGAUCCAUACUCUGCGAGAUAUAAAAUCGAUGCAGGCUGUCUGCAUAUGGCAAUUUAAAGAACAUACAUAAAGACCGGAUCUGAGGCCCGGCGGGCCCGGAGUUGAUUUCGGAGCACACUCAACGGCAUCCGUGCCGAACCGGAUGAGGGCCUUUCAUUCGAUUUAUCCGUAAAGAUAAUCUAUCUUCACUUUUGGAGUUGCUUCACUUUCAAUUUGUUUCCUCCCUCUCCUAAAUUUGAUACGCUCGCAAAUGCUUUAUUAGUCCUCUACGGAGUAUAUCCAAACACAUUACGAGAGCUCCCCACUCUCAACUUCGCUUGCUCUGGCCCGCUCGAUUUCCCCUCAUAUAUACAUACAUCAUAGAGCAUCAUCCUGACCUCAACCCCGCCCACCAUUGGCCAUUACUGAUUGACCCGUACAGAGCCUGCUGACAAUGAGUGCCAAUAUUCAGCAAUGGACGGCUGAGAAGCCUUGGCUUGAGACACACUGUCUGCUGGGCGAAGGACCUUUCUAUGAGGAAGCAACGGGCAAUCUGCGCUUUGUCGAUAUCCGCAAUAAGAGACUGCAUUAUGUGAAGGUGGCUGAAGGCCCGUCGUCUCUCAAAACCAUCCAACUAGACGUAUGCCCUACUGUCACAGCAAACAUUGCUGGGGUUGAUCCCCAGGAACGCAUCGCCAUUGGUGUCAAGUAUGGACUGGCUAUUCUCGAUGUUAAGAAGGAGACAUACGAACUUAUUCAGCCUUUCGAAGAACCCGCUAAUGAGCGUAUGCGAAGUAACGAUGGCGGCGUGGAUCCUCUUGGUCGAUUUUGGCUGGGUACAAUGACUGACUUUGGACUCGGUCCCUUUAAGCCCGAAGGAGCGGUCUAUCUAAUGGACGCCAAGUCACGAGAGGUCAAGCUACCUAACAUGACAAUUCCUAACACGCCAGGCUGGUCUCCUGAUGGAAAGACACUAUAUGUUACACACUCAAACGCCAGAGAGAUUUAUGCCUUUGACUUUGAUACCGAGUCUGGGGAAAUUUCCAACAAGCGCGUUUUCUACAACCAUGAUGGUUCAGGCGAGCCCGACGGGUUCCGUGUAGAUGUAGACGGGUUCCUUUGGCAAGCUGUAUAUGGAGAGGGUCGUGUCAUUAGAAUCGAUCCCAGCACAGCCAAGAUUGUUGGAGAGGUAAAAGUGCCGACCAAGAACACCACUUGCGUGCACUUUGUCGGUACUGAGCUUGUCAUAACAACUGCCGAGGACGACGAGGGCGAGGGAUCGAGCCGCGAGAACGGUGGUCAUGUGUUCAAGGUGGACGUCGGAAUCCGGGGAUUGAGGCUCAACGAUUUCAAGCUAUAGAACUCGAUCUUGACAGCGACAAAUGCUGAGAGGCAUCGAAUCGUUUGUUACAGCUCAUUCCCGACUAUAGACGUAGAGGCAGAGCAACGAAAGCACAGACCUGUGCAAUGCCUGAGGAGGUUUGGAUUAACGCACACUAAAAGUCCCUGAGGCUUUGACAAUCAUACAUACGUACCUCUGUACCCCAUCCAGGUUGAUAAUCUGCUAGCGCCCGGAUCUUCCUCUCAUGGACAUGUUCUAUCCUCGCUUCUGUUUUUCUAUAGUUGUGGUUCAAGCUCUGGGCCUACUCGGAACUUGGAACACGGACCCAGACGGACCAUGUCCCUGGCGCUUGGGUCGUUCCAUGACAUCCGU